AUGGCAUACAAUGGUCGCCCGCAAGGCUAUGGGGAAUCGCAGUAUCGGUCACGACCUGCGAACUAUGGCACUCAAUACAAUGAUCAUGAUCAGGCUCAAUACUAUGACAACCAAGUUCAAUACCAGCAACAUCACGAUCAAGACUAUGCCAGGUAUCAACAAGAUGCCUAUGACCACAACCAGCGAGAGCCCCGGUACCAGCAGCAACCACAAGAUCAGUAUACUGCUGAACGUCAAUAUGCUGCUCAAAUGAACCCUUCCGACCGUUACCCUGUAGAUUAUGAUCAGCCACAGCAGCGUCAGUAUCACUACGAUGAACGUUUUCGAUCAGACAGUCGCAACGUUCAACAGCCAGGCCGUGGUGACCGUCCUUUUAGAGCUAACAGACAAUCUCCUGAAACGUCACGACCCAGCACUUCAGCUUCUAACCAUAGGAUCAAGCAAGAACGUAUUCUGGAUCGCAGCAAGCGCGAGUCAACAAAGGCUAUGGCUUGGGAUAAUCCUUUUGGUGUUUUUCCAGGCACAAAGAAAGAUCUGGAGAAAAAGAAGAAGGAUGCAGAAGAUGUCAGGUCACAAAGUAGGGCCGACGUCCCUCUGGAUAGACCUCCAACAGCCCCUUCUUCGAGUCGCCAAAAUACGGCCAUCCAUCAUUCACCACCAAGCACAAACCCGGCUGUGGAUCGACCUCAUACCUCAAAUAGUCGUCGGUCCAGCCCGCCCACCCAACCGAUAUCUUCCUUUAACACGCCGCUAGGUCCGUUCAACGACAUGCCUUUUCGCAAACCACUCCCGUCUUUCGGCCACGAUAGCCACUCGCAGCCUUUGACGAUGUCUGACCGCGACCGAACCCUACCUGUACACCAUAGGUCCAAUGCGAAUUCCUCUUCAGACAAUUUACCUCCACGUGUCGACACUGCCACUACCCGUUCACAUAAUCGAGCUCAUUCUCUGCAGGGUCAAGAGCAAAUUUCCAAUGACUAUCAGCAGAGUGCGCUGGACUACGGCCACGACGAACGAUAUACUACAUCUCACCUCGUGGAGAGCCGCAAUUCACCACAUGACUACGCCAACUCUGUCGAGCAGAAUCAAUAUGCCAGCAUUGAAGCAGGACAGAUGGGAACUCGGCAGACACAAGGCCAAGCUAGAAAGAAUAUGUCACCUCAGGCUCAGAACAUGGGUUUACCCUAUAGAGGCAUGGUGUCACCGCAGCGUAUCGAGAAUCCACGCGAAUCGGUAGUGCCCAACUUCGCUGCAAUCACGCCUGGCGCAACAGAAAACGUAGAAAGAACCAUUACAAUGCAAAGCAGCGGGACUGCUCAUUCUCUACGUUCAGAACCAAAUCGCAGACCAACAUAUGGCGACAUCUCGUCGAAAUCCCUACUGAUCAGACCAGGCUUGUUGCAAUCACAGGACCGCGCGAGCCCAGAUGAACGCAGCCUUCGUUCUCCUGUGGACGGAUUUGAUUUUGGUCUUCCUGCCUCCAGAUCAGAGCCUGCUAUCACCCCACAAAACAGCCGACCUAUAUUGCCUGGUGAUGGAUAUGGCAGCCGCGGUGAUUCAGAUCAAACAUCGCAGACUCCUAAUCAGUACGCUACACAUGACCGCUCAAAUUUUCCUCCUCGGCAGGAAAGUCGAGCAGCUGUUAGAGACCACUCCGCAUCAAAUGGCUUUGUACACAGCUACAAUCAGCCUGUCCUAGCUGGUCAGCGAAGUCAGACGCGACUCCAUGGACAAGUAGCUCCUGCUGCAUCAGGACUGGAGUACAACCAGACAAGAGAUGCUCUUAGGCAGGAGCAUAGUCUAGAUGAGCAGCGUCGUCCUCAGAAUUAUAACUACGAAAGAGUUUACCGCCCAGGAGCAGCUCAUACACAAGACACGUACCAGCAAGACUCCUUCCGACCUGUGCAGAGGACAUACACCGAACCAGUCGGUCAUUAUGAUCAUGAGCGUCGAGACUAUGGACCUGAUGCACAAUUCCGGCCUAGUACUUCUCACGGGUAUUCACAGCGGCAUUAUCCUACAGAUCAGCUGCAAUCCCGACCACCUGCAGCGACCACCGGUCAAUAUCAGGAAUACGAUCAGUAUGGUGAUGCCAUGAUACCUCGUCCAAGAACAGCAAACUCGGCUCGAGCACCGGUUCGUCAAUAUCCAGAACAGUAUAUGUCAGCUCUAAAACCAACAGAGUCAACGCUUCCAAUCGCGGACCGUAAUCAUCCACCACCAAUUCGUCCUGGUCUGCUCGAACCUGUUGCUGCUCCAAGUCCGACUCAUGUGCCAGCUGCGGCACCAGUGCCAUACCCUCAAACAUCACCUCCACGGACCGCGCAGAACUCGGCUCCACAACAACGCAUGUCGUCAACUACGGCCAGUAAGACACCAGUGACAUUACAAGAGCUCAAUGACCUGCGCCUAGCUUUCAAAGACCGCCCAAAUGACGAUAAACUCGGCCUCAAGUUUGCUAAGCGUCUUGUCGAAGCUGCCAGCGUGCUUGCCUCGGAGGGAGGUAAAGCAGAUGCCAAGACUACCGCCAAAAAUCGAGAACGCUAUAUCAACGAUGCAUACAAAAUUGUCAGGAAGCUGGUCGCUGGCGGUUCAGCUGAUGCUAUGUUCUACCUAGCCGAUGCUUACGGUCAAGGUCUCCUGGGUCUCGAAGCAAACGCCAAGGAAGCCUUCCAACUCUAUACUUCAGCAGCGAAGUUACAACACGCCCCAAGCGCAUAUAGAGUAGCAGUCUGCUGCGAACUCGGUCAAGACGCAGGAGGCGGCACCAGGCGCGACCACGUCAAAGCCGUCCAAUUCUACAAAAAGGCCGCAGCUCUCGGCGACGGCCCCGCGAUGUUCAAGAUAGGCAUGAUCCUCCUCAAGGGCUUACUCGGACAACAACCAAAUCGCCGAGAAGGCAUAUCCUGGCUCAAACGCGCCGCAGAAAAGGCCGACUCAGACAACCCACACGCACUGCACGAGCUCGCCUUGCUCUACGAAAACGCCCAGUCCACAGACGUGAUCGUCCGGGACGAGAGAUACGCCAUGCAACUCUUCACCCAGGCCGCAAACCUUGGCUACAAGUACUCGCAGCACCGCCUCGGAACCGCCUACGAAUACGGCACGCUCGGUGCGCAGAUCGAUCCGCGCAUGAGUAUCGCGUGGUACUCCAAGGCGGCCGCUCAGAACGAACAUCAAUCUGAAUUCGCGCUGAGUGGCUGGUACUUGACGGGCAGUGAUCCGCUCCUUGCGCAGAGCGAUACGGAAGCAUACCUUUGGGCUCGCAAGGCUGCACAGAGUGGUCUGGCGAAGGCUGAGUAUGCUAUGGGGUAUUAUUCUGAAGUUGGUAUUGGGUGUAAACCUGAUAUUGAGGAGGCGAAGAAGUGGUAUUUUAGGGCGGCUGCACAACUGGAUCAGCGUGCUAAGGAGCGAUUGGAAGAGAUCAAGAGGGGUGGCGUGGCGAAGAGGAAGGAGAGGAUUAGUCGAAGUAACAUUGAGAAACAGAAGGGAGAUUGCGUGGUGAUGUGA